AUGGCCAUCCAUAGCCCUGGAACAGUUCACCAUAUGCCCCUCUCUCUCUAUAUAACAAAGCCUAUAAGUUUCACUCCAAGGACUUCCAAAGACCUCCUCCUCCAAGAGAUUACUCCCCGCCCUUGGCACUCAUUUUUUAAUACGAGGAGAACGAUGGGUCCCGCCCAGAGAAACUAUUCACACCAUGGAACCGCCGUCGUUGAAGAGAUCGAAGGCCUCCUUAAGGUCCACGAAGAUGGCCAUGUCGAACGCCUACCGACGAUGCCCGAUGUGCCAUGCACCUGGGCGCCUGAGCCAAACGUCGCGAGCCGAGACAUCUCUUUCAACAACUCCACCGGCCUUUGGGCUCGUUUCCAUGUGCCCAACCGCCGUGGCCAGCUGCCAUUGCUUGUAUAUUUCCAUGGUGGUGGGUUCUGCAUCGGCUCCGCCGCAUGGCGAUGCUACCAUGAGUUCUUGGCAAGGCUUUCUUCUCAGGCCAACUGCCUCAUCAUGUCGGUAAGCUAUCGGCUUGCCCCCGAGAACCCCCUCCCUGCAGCCUAUGAAGAUGGCCUUGCUGCUAUCAAGUGGGUGAGGCAGCAUGCAACCCACUGCACCGACGAGCUUAGUUGGUGGCAAACCAAAUGCAACUUCUCUCAGAUGUUCGUCGGUGGCGACAGCGCCGGCGGAGCCAUUGCCAAUAAUGUUGCAGCACAAUUAGGGUUGGCUGGUGUGCCUGCAUGGCUCAAGGGAGUGAUUCUGAUCCAACCCUUCUUCGGUGGAGAGACGCGGACCGCAUCGGAGAAGAACUCGAGGCCGUCGAUGAGAUCGACGCUUAGCUUGGCUGCAUCAGAUUGCUACUGGAGGCUAGCACUACCUUUGGGAUCAAACAGGGAUCAUCCAUGGUGCAAUCCUAUAGCCAUGCUAUCCUCCCCCAAGUUGGAGGACCUGAGGCUUCCUCCAUUGCUGGUGUGCAUUUCAGAAAUGGAUAUAUUGAGGGAUAGAAACCUGGAGUUUUGUAAGGCCUUGGAGAGAGCAGGAAAGAGUGUGGAAUAUGAUGUCUAUGGUGGAGUAGGACAUGCCUUCCAAGUUCUAAGCAAGUCUCCAAUGUCACAGGUCCGGACCCAGGAGAUGGUAACCAACAUCAAGGCCUUUAUUUACGAUCGACUAGACCAUAUUUAGUUGGUGGCUUCCCAUUUUUGAAGGUAUCACAACCAAAUAUUUUGUGUCAAAAAAAAUUGCUUGUGUUGUUUUCCUCUUGCUUACUAUUUUGUCUUGUUUGAUCUACGCUCUCCAGUAUGGCCAUGGAUACUUUCACAUUGAGAUCAAAGGAAGAAGAAAAUAAGGACAUUUUUUAAAA